AUGGCGUUGUCUAUCUACAAGGUAGAGGCUGAUAUGAUCCAAUUGCAAUGCCAUGUGCCCGCAUGCUUACCAAGCAGACACACCCCCUGGCUAGUGUACGUGCCUGCUGCUAUAAAAAGCCAGCCACCGCGCCGGUUAGACACCUCGGCAACGACCAGCAUGGCUCCUCUGCAGGAUCUCCACGACCGUUACCGCUCCUUCAUCCACCGGACCGCGGAUAAGAUUCGACUCACGGAACACAGGGUUAUCUCGCAACUCAUAGCCGAGACCCUAUGCACUGCUCUGCUCAUCCUCUACGCUGAUGGUGCAGUGGCACAGAAAUUCCUCGGCCUCCAACUGGGCUACGUGGGCCAAUUUCUCAGCCUGAGUGUGGGCUCGGGUGCGGCGGUGUGUACCUGCGUUCUGGUUGCCGGCAAGGCCUGUCCAGCCCUCCUGAAUCCAGCCUUCGCCACGGCCAACGCCCUGGUCGGUCGCCUGCGAUGGUCCCUCCUGCCUGCCUACAUUUUACUGGAAUUUGUCGGGGCCUACCUGGGAGCUGGUCUGCUGCUGGCUGUCUACAACACCAAGAUAAUUGAAUACGCGAAUACUUUUGAAAAUGGGCAGUACUUGACCAACACUACCGGCGGCAUAUUUGUGGCUGUUACAACAGCCCUCCUCGUAUUCGGCAUUUAUGGCAUCACUGAGGACAGGCUGGUGAAGAAGUCGCCCCAUUGUUUUCCAGCCUUCGUGGGUCUGGUGGUCUUCUUGGUCGUCGGCACCUAUAUGGCCAACGCGAGUUCUUGUCUGAACCCAGCUCGAGACUUUGGCCCUCGUCUACUCAUCUUUACAACAUGUAAGUCCAACUAA